GAGAUUAUUAGAAAACACACACCUAGCAAAAAUGGCGGCGUCCUCUGAUUUUUACUUGCGAUAUUAUGUUGGACACAGAGGGAAAUUUGGCCAUGAAUUCCUUGAAUUUGAAUUCAGACCUGAUGGUAAACUGAGGUAUGCCAACAACUCAAACUACAAAAAUGACACCAUGAUCAGGAAGGAGGCAUUUGUACACAAGUCUGUGAUGGAGGAGCUGAAGCGUAUCAUUGAGGAUUCGGAGGUGAUCCAGGAAGAUGAUGCUGUGUGGCCAUCACCUGACAGAGUGGGCAGACAGGAGCUUGAAAUUGUAAUUGGGGAUGAACAUAUCUCAUUUACAACAUCAAAAAUUGGAUCUCUUGUUGAUGUCAACCAAAGCAAAGACCCCGAGGGACUGAGGACAUUCUACUACCUUGUACAAGAUCUCAAAUGUUUAGUAUUCUCCCUCAUUGGACUUCACUUCAAAAUCAAACCUAUCUAAGAUGUGACAGGCUGGUGGCUGAAGUAAGGAAUCAGGAAAAUGGCCAUCAUCAGAAGUCCUCGGGAUGAUAAAACAUCACGUUACUGACCAAACUAAUAAUUAGCAAAAUGUGAUGGACACGUUACAGCAAACCUUGUUAACCAAUAAGAAUGAGAGACAGAACUUAACUACAGGCAUUUAUAUGGUCAGCACAGGUAGGGCCUUGGACGUGAACUAAUGUGACUGGAAUGAAGAGAACACUUCUGAAAGACAAUUUUAGAUUGAGAGUUUUACAGUUUUAUUUCUGCAUAUUUAGACCAAAAGAAGUUACCAGUAUGUCGGGAGAGAGUGGGGGAUGAAAGUCAGGAAGUAUUCAUUAUUUCUGCAAUAUGAUUUCAACAAAUGUUAUUCAAUUGUUCAGGGGCAAAAUAUCCAGUUCCAUAAUUAUCAUUAUUUGUCAAAUCAUGCAUUUCCUAGCACUGAUAAAAAAAAAACUCAUUGAUCUUCUGUUUGUCAUUUCAUGUGUCUUUUAAAGAAUAUAAAUAUAAUACAUUGAUAUCAGUA